AUGUUCGCCAGGACAGCUUUCGCAAGGGCCUUCCGCCCCCUCGCCACUUCUGCCUCUGCCGCCCUCCGCCCCAUCCCCCAGCAAACAGCCAACCAGAUCUUCCUUUCGCUCACAGCGCGCCGGUUGCUUUCACAAGAGACGCGCAAGGCGAUCGAUCAGGCGGUCAAUUCUACUCCAGUCGUACUCUUCAUGAAGGGUACGCCUGAGAUGCCGCAAUGCGGGUUCUCACGCGCUACGAUCCAGGUGCUGAGCAUGCAUGGCGUUGACCCGGAGAAGUUUGCUGCAUAUAAUGUGUUGGAGGAUCCUGAGUUGAGGCAGGGGAUCAAGGAGUACUCCGACUGGCCGACUAUCCCACAGUUGUAUGUGGAUGGUGAGUUUAUCGGCGGGUGUGAUAUUGUCAUUUCUAUGCACCAGAGCGGUGAGCUGGCUACGUUGCUGAAGGAGAAGGGUGUGUUGCUGGAACAGCCUAAGGAGCAGCAGGAGGCGGCUGCUGUGGAGGGUGAGAAGAAGGAGUAG